AUGUCAACAACAGACGUGACUACUCAAGCUUUCUUUGGAUUCAUGGGAGUAUCAAGCGCUCUUGUCUUCGCUAACCUCGGUGCAGCCUACGGAACUGCCAAAAGUGGCGUUGGAAUUUCUUCAAUGGGUGUGAUUAAGCCCGAAUUGAUCAUGAAAUCAAUUAUCCCAGUUGUCAUGGCUGGUGUCUUAGGUAUUUACGGGCUUAUUGUCGCAGUCAUUUUAGUGCAAAAGAUCAAUGACAACGACUACUCAUUUUACGAUGGAUACAAACACCUGGCUUCAGGAUUAUGUUGUGGACUCAGCUCAUUGGCAGCAGGAAUGGCAAUUGGUAUUGUAGGAGACGCAGGAGUUCGAGCGAAUGCACAGCAGGACAAAAUCUUUGUAGGCAUGAUCUUGAUACUCAUCUUUGCAGAAGCGCUGGGACUCUACGGACUAAUUAUUGCGCUAAUCUUAUCUCAGUAA